AUAACGACAACCAAAGGAGCUAAGUUUUAAUGACAACCUGCGUUUAACUAUUACAAUAUUUUAAUUGUAAUUUAGCAGUUAUAGGCGAAGAGAAAACGGAUCUUGGUAACAUGGACAGCAACAUUCGGCGUCUAAAACAUGAACUGGAUUCUUUGUGGCAGUCAGAUGAGGGUCUCCAAGCUCAGAUGAAUUCAGUGAUCGGUGCUCUCCAGGAGCUCAAACUCUUGCAGGUCCAGACUGCACUGGAGAAGCUGGAGUUCUCCAGUAAAACAAACCAGGCCUCUUCAAACACCCACACAAUGCUUGAUCAGAUAAACUACAGUUCACAAACAACCCACAUGAACCAAACAUGGAAUCCAGAAAUUGUUUCAGAAGAGUAUUUCAAGACUGAACCAUCUUUGUUCCUCACUAGUUCUCCAGCUGAGAACCGCCAUACACCAAUGGUGCGUGAACCCAGGAGGGUUUACAGAGGAAGCUUAAGCACUUCUUCCUCUUUUUCCUCUCAGGAAGACACAACCGACAGCCAUUUCUCCUCAUACGAUAUCGAUGACUCCACCGAUUGGACAGCCUCAUUGAUGAACCACAGUAGAAACAGACAGCCGUUGGUACUGGGCGACAAUGUUUUUGCAGAUUUGGUCGGGAACUGGCUGGACCUGCCUGAUGUCGGAGGCCAGAAAACAGGUGAGGAGCAGAAUGACUCCAGUCUUAAAGACACACUUUCAAGAUCAUCAUCUAGCAGUAACUCUCAAGACCUCUCCAGGAAACUCUCGCUAACAGCUAGCAUCUUUAAAAGGGUUUUACAUCGCGUUCGACCACGGCACCACCAAGAAAACGAAGGCAUGGAUGUCCGUAAACAACCAAAGAUCACAUGCAGAAAGCCAAAAUCAGAUGCCAGUAAGCCAUUCUGGGUGAGAACAAGAGGAAUGAAAAAGAAAAGCACACCCACCAAAGAAGAGGGCGUGGCCUAUCAGGGCUCAGAUGGUUUGAUAGACAGAGGAUGGGUGGAGACUGUAGAAAAGCAUCCAUCUGUGUUUGAUUACAGCUCAGCUGUUUGGGUCUGAUAUAAUUCUACAUAGAAGAGACUGUUACACAUAUUGUUAGACAUAUUUAGUGGUCUUUAUGUUCAAAAUUGUUGUAAAAGAGAUUGUCAAAACAUGAUGCUGCCUUUAAGUGCACAUAGGAAAGUAAGCCAUCUGUUAUUGCAUCACAUAUUCAAGUUGAAAGUAAUUAUAUUGUGAACAACAAACCCAAAUAACUACAACUGAAUUCAAAAUAAUAAAAAAACGCUCUUUUAUAUCACUUCAUGGUAAAUGUAUAAACUAAAUGUGAAGCAAACCAUAAAAGUUGAGUGGUAAACCAACACUAUCUCACGGUCAAUAGGUUUGCACUUAUGUCACGGUUUGAUCAGUUACCCGGAUGCACGGCCAUAUUGGAAAUACUCGGAUGUAAACAACAGCAUGGAUUGCAUGGCUAAUGUGCUAUUGAAUACAUGGUAUUUAUGCUGUCUAAACCACGAAAAAAACGUGUGGAAGCUGAUAAGUCAUAUAGCUAAGGACUUAGUACGCUAGAAAGGGUGCAAUAUUUUGACAAACUAAAGUUAAUGGGUGGUAAAGAUACAUACAAGUGGUAUUAAUUAAGAUAUUAGCCUAAUAUUUCACCUACCUGACUGAAAAUAAUAAGGACAAGCUGGAAUGUUGUCAAGGAUCUUUCCCUGGAAAUCCUGAUUCAGUUUGGCCAACCACAAAUGCUUUUUGUUCAUCAGACACAGUCUUUUGCUCUCUCUCUUAUAACUUUUGGGAGUCUAUAGCAGUCCAAAUGUUUUUCCCAGUCCAACCAAUUAGUACAGCCCAAAACAUGACAAUAAAUUACGAUUUUCAACAGCAAAAUAUGCGAGUUUCAUUCGGUUCCAUGGUAUUGUUUACAUUCAGUGCCACCAAUAUGGCCGACUGAUGACGCAUCGUGAAAACACUCUAUUCGUUCAUAUUUUACAAGGUGGGGCAGAGUUAGGUGUGGUCCUUCAUACUAAUUUCUAGGAAUCUGCCACCUCAUAAAAUACGUACAAUUUUUCACAAAUCGUAUGACACCAUUUGCUACAGACUUGAUUUCCACUCCCUAAAGUUGAGGUAAUAUUGUCCUUAUCCCUCAAGUGAGAGGAGUAACACUCCAACUAUUGAAUCCAAAAAUAUGCUAGGUAAACCUUAUGUAUGUAUUUUUUUUGUUUGUUUGUUUUUAUUUGUUUGUCUGGAAAUGUAAGCAUGGCAGAGCAAAGAAAACAGAAAAAAAUAUAUUAAUAGUCACAUUGUGUUGCCCUGCUGUAUUUCUGUGAAGUCCCUUGAGAGCCUAAUG